AUGCUACCAUACGGAACUAGAGCUGCUGUUAGAUCAGUAGGAAGAUUUGGAACGAGAUCUGUACCCAUGGGGUUAACUUACAGAUUCGUUUCUCAAACCAAUGCUACCAAAAGUACCAUGGCGCCUGCUACUGCGAUCCACGAUAUGGCUGCUUCGCAGCAUACUGUACCUGCCCCAGAUGCUCAUUUGAGAACUUUAUCCAAAAGCGAACUGUUCUCAUUGGGUAUGAUCGGUGUAUGUACUAUUAACAAACCAAUGUUGGAUUUAGUGAUCAAACUUUUCCCAUACGUACCUCUUUUCAUGGUCAAGUUGUUCAUUUCUCCCUUAUAUUGCGGUGGUGAUACCCCGGCGGAAGUGGUUGAAACUGGUAAAAGGUUGCAGAAUAGAGGUAUCAACAAUAUGAUGCUUUCUUUGACCAUCGAAGAUGCGGAAGGUACUAAGAAUGUGGACAUCAAUUAUAUCGUGAGCGAAACUAUCAAGUCUGUCCACACCAUUCUGAAACCUCUGUUAGUUGAACAAUUGGAAUCAGGUAAAGAUAUCAACUCGAUACCACCUGGUUACAUCGCUUUGAAACCUUCUGCAUUAGUUGCUAACCCAGCACAAGUUUUGCUUAACUUUAAUAAUCCAGAAUGGAAAACUCAACGUGAUGAGUUGGUAAACAAUUGUUCCAAGAUCACACAAGAGGUUUACAAUUUAAAUCAAGAACUUUUGGCCAAGUAUCCAGAAAGAAAAUCCCCAUUUUUUGUCUCUACCAUUGACGCUGAAAAAUAUGAUCUACAAAAAGCUGGUGUUUAUGAAUUACAAAGAAUUUUGUUCUCUAAAUUUAACCCUGCUUCCUCACCAUUGAUCUCCUGUGUUGGUACUUGGCAAUUAUACCUUGUUGAUUCUGCAGCCGAUUUGGCUAAGGAUUAUGAGAGAGCUAAGAAGGAAGGUUACAAGCUCGGGUUGAAAUUGGUUCGUGGUGCCUACAUCCAUUCUGAACCAAACCGUUCUGUCGUGUAUGCAACCAAGGAAGGUACUGAUGCCAACUAUAACAAGGUCAUGACUACUGCUAUCAAAGAUUUACUCGUAAACGGAGAGAAAUCAUACUACGGUCAUUUAGUCGUCGCAUCUCACAAUUAUGAUUCACAAAUGUUGGCCACCAAGCUAUUGGCGGACCAAAAGAACUCUGUAGGUAAGGCUAACGUGACUUUGGCCCAAUUAUUGGGUAUGUCGGAUAAUGUUACUCAUGAUUUGAUCACAAACCACAAGGUCGAAAACAUUAUCAAAUACGUCCCAUGGGGUCCACCUUUAGAGACAAAGGACUAUCUAUUGAGAAGAUUACAAGAAAACGGCGACGCUGUCAGAGCAGAUAAUGGUAUACCACUAAUCAAGGCUGUUUUGAAAACAGCUUUACAUCUAUAA